AUGGCGGAGUCCGACUGGAGAAAAGCAGGUGGUGGCGGCGCCGGCAAUGACAGAGGAGGAGGCGACGGUGACAGAGGCGGAGGAGGUUAUAAUGACAGAGGUGGAGGCCGAGGAGGAGGUGGCGGAGGUUGGCGCGAUCGUGAUGGAGACCGAGGAGGCGGUGGCGGCUAUGAUAACCGAGGAGGCGGUGGUGGUGGCGGCGGCUGGAGAGACAGAGACAGUCGUGGUGGUGGCGGUGGAGGUUACAAUGAUAGAGGAGGCGGUGGUGGUGGAGGUUACAAUGAUAGAGGUGGUGGUGGAGGAGGAGGCUGGAGAGACAGAGACAGUCGAGGCCCUUCCGGUCCUCCUGCCGGCGAAAGACCCCGUCUGAAUCUACAAAAGAGAUCAACCCCCGUCAAUAAUAGUGCUGGGCCAUCAGCUGGAGCCAAACCGGCUGAUUCCGGUCCCAAAGUGAGUAUUGACAAGGCUCCACGGGAAGAACCUCCUCUCAAGGACGAACCAGCAGCUGAUGGAGAGAAAAAACAGCAGGAGCGCAGGGAGCCCGAAAAAGUCAAUUCCAGGGCAGCUGCUUUUGGUGAUGCUCCUGCUGCUGGAAGCCGUGGUGGAAAUCAGCCACGAAAGGAGCGUCCCGAGCGAGACAACAAUAGCAACAAUAGUGGACCACCACCUGUUCUCAACAAACGAUUUGAAGGUUUGGCGGAAGAAGAAAGGAAUCGAAGCCGAGACACCCGUAGUGGUGCAGGAUUUGACCGAGACCGCGACAGUCGUGGUGGAGGAUUUGAUCGAGACAACCGCGGUGGAGGACGGGAUGCAGGACCACCCCCCGUCCAGAAUUCUCGCUUUGCAGCUGCUGCCGAGGCGGAUCGUUCGUACAACAAUGAUCGUGGAGAUCGCGGCGGUCGCAAUGACAACCGUGACCGUGGACCUCCUCCCAUUCAAAACUCACGAUUUGCAGCCGCUGCAGAGGCUGAUGGAGCUCCCGCUCGUAACAGAGACUACAUGAACGAACGGGGGCCACCACCCACGCAAAACUCGCGAUUUGCUGCCGCUGCCGAAGCGGACCGUUCAUACAACAAUGAUCGUGGUGAUGAUCGAGGAGGAAGUGGUGGGGGUGGCUGGAGCGAUAGAGACGCUCGUGGCCGCUACGAAAACCGUGGACCUCCACCCACACAAAAUUCUCGAUUUGCAGCAGCUGCCGAAGCUGAUGGAGCUCCUGCUCGCAACAGAGAUUACAUGAAUGAUCGUGGGCCACCACCCGUUGCCAACUCUCGAUUCGCGGCUGCUGCCAUGAUGGCAGAACAAGAAAAUGCCGAACGAGACGAAAGACGGAGGGAACGAUUCGAUGAUCGAGGUGGUUAUGACGAUCGGCGUGGGGGAUCUGGAUACGGGGGAAGAGACCGCUACAACGAUCGUGGCGGUGGUGGUGGAUUUAACCGAGAUGAGUUGCCUCGUGGACCCCGAAGCGUCAUGGAUGACCUUCCUCGUGCGCCUCGUGGAACAGACAUGUCACUGUCUGGAAACAAGAGAUUGGACACUUUGUUGAAUCCCAAGGCACGGAAAAAGGAGGACAUCUUGGUUAUACCCAAAGAGAAAAUGGCUGCAGAGCAUGCAGCUGCCGUGCUAGACUUUCCCAUGAAGCCCAUGAAGAAGAAGGACGAACAGGAAGAAGAGAAAGCGCCUGAAAAAGCACCCGAGCCUGAACCAGAACCCGAGCCAACUCCAGAACCCGCUCCUGAGGUCCCACAGGUUGAUGAAGAAGAGAUGUUGGCCGAAUUCGCAAGCGGCAAUAAACAGGGUGAUGAUCUCAAACAAUGGGUGACAGAGAAUAGCGCUGUGUUGCCGUCAGUCGAGAAGUUAAUUUUCCACUAUCUCGAAGAAAAACAACAACUGAACCCUGAUGUUUCUUGUGCGUGGGCUGCUCCUGAAAAAUAUGGUGCCGCCCUUUUGUUUCUUGUGGAAGACAAUCUUGCCAAUCAGAUGCAAGUUCUAUGGGGUGUCCAAAAGUACUGCGACAAGCUUGGUUUUCCAAAGCUCAACGACGAAGCGGUCGUGCAAUCCAUGUUCCGUUCGAUGUACCAGUACGAUCUCGCGUUGGACGAUGCAUUUGCCGAGUGGAAGGAAGACGAGUCACCAGAGCACGAAGCGGGCAAGCUGAAGGCUGUUAUUCAAACUGUCAAUUGGUUCAACUGGCUGGAAGAAGACGACGAGGAAGAGGAAGAAGAGGAAUAUGGCGAAGAGGAAGAGUAG